AUGAGAAGCAGGGACAACCCAGGUCGUGGAAUGCACCACCUGGAGGAUGUGGGAAUAGGAUAUACAUAUUCCCGUGUUUUUAAUCUUGGCACGGCAAUAUUUCUAUUGGAGCUGUCGACUCGCAUCGUUCGUGCUCUGAAAACCUUUAAGGGGGUAUUAAGCCGCAAAAGAAAACAAUUUCCUGAAGAACGCGGCCACGACCACAGGAGUGCCCAACAGCACUACUCUAUCGCCCAAGAGAGGUCAUCUGUUUGCGAUGAUAUAUCUGUAUAUGGAGGCCAAAGUUCGCACGGGAGAAGCUGGUGGAAGCAAGCUAGGGUGCCGCGGAAACUACGAGUGGUAACUGGAGGAUACCACAAUCUUGAAGACGAUCGGGUUGUUUUAAGCAUGUAUGAAUAUCCUCGACGCCUUUUAUUUGAGCCCCAACGACGGCCAGGCGAAUUCGGUAUAGUGUACCGGCCUUCUUCUCACAACCGUGAACGGACCGGGGAUAUUGGGAUGCGUAUGAAUCUCCUCGCCUACGAGAGCUCGGCCAUUUGCAGUAUUCCGUCGAGCCAUAAUACCUGCUAG